UUGGUUUUGUAACAGGCAAUUACAACAUUUUUUAGCUGUGUUAUGUCUGCUAUUGGAGGAAACAGUGCUGGUCCUGGCAAUGCUGUGGUUAAUGUGUACAUCAAGCACGAGAAGAAGUUUGCUUUUGUGGAUAUGAGAAAUGUUGAAGAAGUGAGCAAUGCAAUGGCAUUAGAUGGGAUAACGUUUGAUACGAUCCAUGUCCUGAACAAAAAUGAGCAUGCUCUUGAUAUGGCUGCAGCACUUCAUCACCAAUUAGGAGAUAGUGACGAGCCAAACGAUGGCAAUGCCUCAGUGAAGUAGAGAACUAAUGUGUUACUUCUUGGUGAUCGCUUUGGAGAUCUAGGAAUGUCUGAUGGUUUGAACUAAAA